UCGAUGACUCCUCUGCUGCUCUCCUCCAGUCGUACUACCUCUCGCGCUUGCCCCUCCUGGUAAAGGCGUUUGGUUUCCAUGAACGGGUACUAGCUACGGCCAUGAGCUACUUUAAGCGCUUCUGGCUCCCACAGACGGGCAGGACAGUCGCACGGCCACUGAGGGGCGCAAAGGGACGGUCACUUGUAGGUGGAAAGGGAGUGAAGGUGAUCAUGUGAGUGGGCACGCGAGCGAAAGCGAGGGGCUGAGUGCUGCCUGUGAUGUCGAGUCUUUUAUUGUCCCUUACCUCUUCGCUAUGCGCUCGCAGGCUCAUCUCCCUCUUCCUAGCAACCAAGACGCACUCCACUCCCAUCUCCCUCGCCCAAUUUGCCAGCCGUGUCACUCCUUCUGCUCCCUCUUCUUCCUCUUCAAGCAGCAGUAGUAAAGCGCAAGAAGAGCGCCAGGCAGCCAUUGCCGAAACGUCUUCCUCUAUUCUGGACAAUGAAUUUGAAGUAGCCAGCGUCCUCGGUUGGCACUUUCGCGUAACGCACGGCUUUGAGGGUGUUCGAGGACUGGCAAUAGAUCUGCAGAGGGUGAUGAGCAGAGCGGGAGGUGUGGCGCAGGAUGUUGGCAAUCGCACAAUCGAAGGGACAGAGGAAGGGCUGGCGCCGGAGCUCCUCGAGAGGAUAAAGGUACUGCUGGAUAUCGCCUCGCAGCAACUCCGACUUACGGCGGCCGAAUUCCUCUACACACCUUCGCAGCUCGCACUUGGUACUUGGUCGAGCCUGACGGAGGAGGGAGGAGAGGGCAAGAGCGGUGUUUCUGCUUCUCCCUCCACACUCACAUCCGAGGAGCGCUCCAUGCUCCGCAAUGUCCUACAGCGCUGGAUCGACGAAAGGGAGCCUCUCCUUUCCUCCUCCUCCUCUUCAAGCACUCUCCCUCUCUCACUGAGAGAUGUCGCGCAGCAAAUCGCCACGUACGUCCGCCAAGGUCGUGCGGCAGGCCGAUUGAGACUCGCAUCAGGUGAAGGGGAAAAAAGUGCCUGACGACUGCUACUGCUACUGCUGCUACUACUACCACUGUUGCUACCAGAGCAGUGUAGAGCAGAGCAGGUAGGCCGGCACCAGUGGGGUAUAUAUUGAAGCCGCAUC